AUGGAAAUAUAUCUAGAUAUGUCCCUUACAAUUUUAAAUAGGGAACACUUCAGUAAAAACCAGCAAUACGAAGAACGACAGGUGAUAUUUUGUCGGGAUACACAUCAACAUGGAUCAAAAACUCUCAUCGAAUUGUCCGAUCUCACUGGAGGUAAAUUUCUGGCAGAUGAUCAUACCUUUCUACUUGAGUUGGAAAUUUCGCAUCCCAAAGUCAAUAUCUAUGUUCAGUUAACUAGCACAUCGGAACUAGUUCAUUUUCUGUCCAAUACUUAUGUUGAUCACUAUAACGAUGAGAAUUCAAAUCAUGGUCCCAUUUUGUUCGAGUCAAAUGCAUUUAACGCAGGAGGGGAAACAUGGAGACUAGGCAUUGCUAUGUCUCAGGCAAGCAUUUUCGGACCUGAAUACGAGGGGAAUGCCAAAGUCAGUAUUUAUGUAUUUCGUCGAAGAAGCAAGAAUAAUCGAUUCGAACGGAAUAUUUCGUCUCUAGAAUUCUCUUGUGAAAUUGACUCACGUACAUCUCAUCGCAGAAUGCAAUUUUUCAUCGAUCCGCGAACUGGAAUGUCCACCAUGGAGAACCUUGGUGAGCUGGAAGCUGAUACUGUUGCCUGUUCUGUUCGAGAAGGAAUCGCUGAUUACAUAGCCAAAAAAAUGCCUUUCAAAUAUUUUAACCCCAUUUUAGAAAUUAAAUUGAAUUCUCUACGCAUUAGGAAGUUCAUUCAAAGGAAAUUAGUGCUUCUCAGUCCCGAAUCGCAUUUAUACUUUUCUACAAUACGUUUUGAUCCUCUAAGUACCCGGUGGAAUCUAUUCGCAUUCCAAGAGGGACGCUCUCUGAGCUGUGGGUUACGGCUUGAAGAAGAUGAAAAGAAGAAAUUUCUAAACGAUAACACAGUGGAUAUUCUCUGGUGGAGUGUGCAUUUGAGAAACGGAAGCAUUAAAAAGGACGAUAUACUGCAAAAUGAAGCCAAGGUUGCGCUAAGUAUAGCAACGCGUUUUCAACAACUUCACAGGAAGGAAGUGAGCAUGGAUUCAUUAAAUUCCCUAGUUGAUGAAAAUAUUCUCCCAGAAAUCCUGUCUCCAUCCCAAUGCCUUAUUCACUACCCGGAAGACGUGAAAACUUCAGUAAGUAAACUCACAGCUACCGAUAAGAAUAACUAA